AUGAGCCCGAUCCCUGUGCGCAGGCUCAUCGAGAAGAACAUAUUUCCUACCAGGACGGGAGACGGGAGGAGAAACAGGAGCAAAUGCCUGCCCCAGACUCUGUCGAGAGUCGAGAAUGAGUCCCCGCCAGUCUUGGCUCUCGUCCUGGUGUAUGGCAAUAGCAGAGCCUCAUCUCAUCAGGCAGGUGUGGCAACUGGCACCUACCAACACAGCCUCCACCUCCCUUUCUCAUCGUUAGAAAAGCCUUUCACUCAGCGAGACACUGAUUCACAAGUGAACCUUCUCAACUCGACUAUUCUCCAGUGUGAGGACUUAUUCCAGUGCUUCAGAGCAUGGAUGUUGGGGGACCACCUCGAAACUUCUCACCCGGAUGCGCCCAUGUCACAGGGUGAUAUCCCUUCACAGUUGAACUGCGACGCUAUGGGAGAUAUCGAAGACCACGAUGUGCUCAACUGCGGCCUUCUCAUGUCAAAGACUCCAGCCAAAUCAAAAGCUGCGGAACUCAACCUCCGGCUUCUCAAAAAGCUGUACAAAGCAUAUGAAAGCAACCCUGAGGUAAAUUUGCAGCUACUAAUUCCCGAAAACUUACUCCGAUUGACUGCAAGCGAGAAUGAUGGAAGAUUCGCAAGCACAGCCUUUGCCUGA